GCAAUACUUCGGGAAAUCAACCGGAGCCGGCCGGGGGGGGGGCUAGCAGCUCGGCCAACCUCAUCCAACUACAUCAACGACAUUCCCAACGGCAGUAUCCCAUUCUCACACAGCCACCAUGGCUUCAAAAGCGGUAGCGAAAGUUGCAAAGGGGGUUGUGCCACUCAGUCAGAAACAAACCCUUGAAUCAACUGGUUUUUGGGAUCGCGUACGCCGUGUCUUUGCUGUCGACCCUAAUCGCUCGUCCGGCGUGCCUCUAAACCCAUAUUUCCGGAACCCGACACCAGGCGCUCUCGACCCGCUCAUCUAUGAUGACCCCGUGACACUUCCGGCGGGUGACAUCGCCGAUAACCCAUAUUGGAAGCGAGACGGCCGACGGUCCUACCCUAAGCUGAGCGUCGUGAACCAGGCAGAUGCCGUGGCGCUCCUGAGUGUUGGUAGCGCGGCUGCGCCGAAGCGGGAGUUGAUCGGCGACGCUGGUGCAAAGCAGCUCGUCGCUGUGGCAGAGGAAGGUCAGUCCGGCGGGCUCGCUGCGUACUUCGAGAAGAACACAACUGCCGUUGCCGCCGAGGACCUCCUAGUCAACGGACUGCCGCCCCUACCGAGCGGCGAGCGCAAGAAGACCGAUGGGAAGUGGGAGGCAUAUAAGUAUGGCUUGACGGAGGAGAAUUCAUAUCCCGAAGAUUACCCGUGCCGAACUUUCCAAUAGAGAGUUAGGUAUGUAGGAAGAACGGAUAGGAUUACGUGUGUACAUAUGAGGAUUUUUGUACCUUAGAUUCCCUAGGCAACUCGAGCUUUGCAUCUAUUGACAUGAUCAGAUCUUCUACGAGUCCUCCAGGUAGUG